AUGUCUCUCGGCUCCUCGACCCUACACUCUCUUGAUACGAAACUAAAAGUCGCAGCCGCUAAGGGAUUCCUCGGCGUCGAGCUGUACUGGGACGAUCUUUUCCAGUACUCCCUGCCAAUACGCAAUACAAUAUCCCCACAUACCUUGCCAGAAACGACAGAAAGCAGCUUGGCCGUCCUCCUGGCGGCAGCAGAUAUCGCCAAGCUAGCUGCCGGCCUCCAUCUGAAGAUCAUAUCGCUUCAGCCAUUCCGCAAUUUUGACGGCUUAAGGAAUCCUGACCUUCGAGAGGAACGCCUAGCUGAGUUUAAACUCUGGGUAGCUACAGCUCGCCAGCUUGGCACCAAUGUUAUCGGCGUGCCGAGCACGCUGCCAACUGUUAAGUCGGCCGAUUACACUGGGAAUCGUGACGCCGCUGCGGCAGAUUUAGCGGUAUUAGCGCGGCUCGCAAAGAGACUAGGUGUCCGCAUUGCCUACGAGAACUUAUGCUUUGCAGCACACGUCAAGGAUUGGGAACAGGCAUGGGAUAGGAUACAACUCGCCGGCGAGCCUAAGCAACUGCUCUUUCUCCCAGACACAUUUAACAUUUGUGGCCAGACAUAUAUGAAUCCUGAGGAUCCAUCUGGCAGAACACCUGACGGGGCGGUUAACUUACAAGCCUCGCUCCAGAAUCUCAUCAACACAGUUCCUAUGCACAGAAUGCCAUUGCUGCAAGUUGCUGAUGCGGAGUUACUUGACUCUCCACUCACGUCGGACCACCCGUGGCGUAAGGAGACCGGACUUACGCCGCUAAUGGCCCUUAGCCGGAAUGCCAGGCUAUUCCCGUUCGAGGAGACAGGUUACUUGCCGGUAUUGAGCGUUAUUCAGGCGCUUGUUAGUGCUGGGUGGGAAGGCUGGGUAAGCAUGGAGGUGUUUUCGAGGACUACGCAAGUUGAAGGUGAAAGGACGAUCUGGGAGCAUGCAGAACGUGCGUGGCGGAGUUGGGAAAAGCUGGCGAAUUUUAUGGGCUGGCAAGUCCAGCCAGUGGCGUAG